AUUUAUCAAAUAUUACAUACAGUGGCAUUCCAUAUUAUUCCCCUUAUCCUCAUUGGUCAGUAGAGUUAGCCCGUCCACGUCUGUCUCGUUAGCCCCGCCCCCUGGCAGAGGGCUCCCUCCUCGUCCUCCUCACGCGCAGACUGGUCCUCGCGCCGUCACUCUGUCGAUGUGACGCUCCGACGUCUGGACACAACUCAGCUCCACCGGAUCAUGCAUUGUUUCAUUAAUUCUCAAAAAUGAAGGCUAUAACUCGGACGGAAGUGAGCAGCCGGAGGACGGCGCUAACUCCUUAAUUCCCUCCUGUGCUGCGGAUUUCUCACCUGCAGCAAAACAAAAGGAGUUUAAUUGAAGACGCACGAGGAGACUUUGUGGUUUCCUCUCUCGGGGAGCAACACAAACAUGGGAAAAUGGCACUUAUCGAUGGAUCCGGUGCAGGAGUGGGGGGAGGAGGAGGAGGACGGGGCUGUGUUUGGCGUCACGCUGCGCAGGGAGCCCGUCCUGCCGAGCUCGGACACGCCGGAGCUCCCGACGGCCUUCAGCUUCGUCCAGUACCACACGGUGAAGGUGCGCAGGCUGAAGGCCGGCACCCUGGAGCGCCUGGUCACCCACCUGCUGGACCCCGAGCACCAGGAGCCCGACUUCAUCCGGGUCUUCCUCUGCACCUACAGGGCCUUCACCUCCACCAGCACCCUCAUCGCGCUGCUGUUUCAAAGAGAUGACUCGGUCACCAACCUGGAUCACACCGUCUGCCGACGCAGUACCUUACCCCCGGUGAUCCGGCUGUGGCUAGAGGAAUAUGGUGAAGACUUCCAUGAGCACCCUCAGUAUCAGGCCCUCCGGCUGUUGUGCGUCCACUUGCGGCAUCGCCUCUGUUUCAGACGCUUGGCUCAGACUGCAGAGAGCCUCCUCAAGAGGCUCCAGGAACCAGAUUGCAGCCAGUCUUCGUCACAGCACAACGGUGAAUCACUGCAGCAGGAGCACAGAGAUCAGGAGGACGGCAGAGAGACGGCCACUAAGGAGGAACACAAAUGCAACUUUAUGGACUUCGCUGUGAGAGAAGUGGCGGAGCAGCUGACCCGGUUGGACGCUGAGCUGUUCGUCAGAGUGGAGCCCUUCCACUGUUUGGGCUGCGUCUGGUCACAACGCGACAAGAAGGAAAACAGAAACCUGGCGCCCACCGUCCGCGCCACCAUCUCCCAGUUCAACGACGUCACCAACCGUGUCAUCACCUCACUCCUCUGCCCGUCCUCUCCCAGCCCUUCCACUUCCUCUCCCAUCUCAUCACCCAGCUCCUCCUCUACCUUCCUGUACUCCUCCACUGGUCCCAGCUCACCUCGCUGCUCUCACACCAGCCCCGGACACAGGGCGCGCAUCAUCGAGGGCUGGAUCGCUAUUGCUCAGGAGUGCAGACAGCUGAAGAAUUUCUCCUCUUUGAGGGCCAUCCUUUCAGCCCUGCAGUCCAACUCUUUGUAUCGCCUCAAGAAGACCUGGGCUGCCGUAAGCAGGGAAAGCAUGAACACCUUUGACCACUUGAGUGAGACUUUCCCCGGUGAGAACUGUGUGCUAACCAGCAGAGAGAUCCUGUUGGAGGAUGGGACUCAUCCAGAUGGCAGUGCCCCCCCGGGCUCAGUCACCAGACCUAGCUUCAGCAGUGGUGUUGUGCCGUACUUGGGCACCUACCUGACUGUCCUCACCAUGCUGGAUACAGCUCUGACUGACACUGUAGAGGGCGGACUCAUCAACUUUGAGAAGCGCAGACGGGAGUUUGAGAUUCUCUCUCAGAUUCGGCAGCUUCAGGCUUCUUGCUCCCGCUACAGCCUCCCAGUGAAUCCUCGUAUCGCCGCCUGGCUGCAGGCUCACACACUGCUCACAGACCAGGAGAGCUAUGAGCUGUCUCGUGAUCUGGAGCCUCCAGUCGACCCCUGUCCCAGCUCUCCCAACUCGUGGAGCAGUCGUCUGCUGACGAAGAAACUUGCCUCGUUGCGAACAGGCAGCUACAACUCCCUGAGGAAGACCCACGCUGACCAGAUCAGUGUGUCAUCUUCUAGCUCCAGCAGUUCAGAGUUGGAGGACCUCUCUGUCACCCAGCCCUCCCCCUCCCCCCUCAGACUCAAACUCAAGGCUCUCUCAGGCUCUCCCCAUGAUGUUGCAGAGGAUUUCUUCUCCAGCUCCUCGUGCUCCUCCUCUCCCAGUCUCUCCAGCUCCUCCCAUCCAGACCUCAGCUCUUCCUCUCUGGUGCUGAGCCCAGAGUCAUCUUCGUCCAGCUGCUGCUCUCAGGCCGUGCUGCCCGUCUACAACAAACAGGUCGCUGACUCGUGUAUCAUUCGGGUGAGCGUGGAGUCCGUCAGCAACGGAAACGUCUACAAGAGCAUUCUGCUGACCAGUCAGGACCACACGCGUCAGGUGAUCGAGAGGGCUCUUGAGAAGCACAGCAUGGAGGACGUCAGCUGCCAUAAUUUCAACCUCUGCCAGGUGCUCAACAAUGGAAAAGAUCUUCAGAUCCCCGACAAAGCCAACGUAUUUUAUGCCAUGUGCACCUCCGCCAACUAUGACUUUGUGCUGCGUCGGCGCUGGAGGAGCCACGGGAGAUGUCUGGGCUCCUCCUCCAGUCCUGGAGGUCAAUGCAGCCGUUACGCCAAGUGACGAGCAUCUGUCCCGGCUGAAUGUUAGGAGUUCACCUAGAGGACGAAGGGGCUGCUCAUCUGCAAAC